ACAGACCAGACCCUGCUCUGGUGCGCAGGCUCGGUUUUCGGCGCAAGAUGGCGGCGGCGGCGGCGGAUAAACAGAAACAUGAGCACGGGCGGGUGAAGAUCGGGCACUACAUCCUGGGGGACACGCUGGGCGUGGGCACCUUCGGCAAAGUCAAAGUUGGCAAGCAUGAACUGACAGGCCACAAAGUUGCAGUGAAGAUCUUGAAUAGACAGAAAAUUCGGAGUCUUGACGUUGUGGGGAAAAUCCGUAGAGAGAUUCAGAAUCUGAAACUUUUUCGGCAUCCACACAUAAUUAAACUAUACCAGGUUAUCAGUACACCGUCUGACAUUUUUAUGGUGAUGGAAUACGUUUCAGGAGGAGAACUGUUUGAUUAUAUCUGCAAAAAUGGAAAGCUUGAUGAAAAGGAGAGUCGACGUCUGUUCCAGCAAAUUCUUUCUGGUGUGGAUUAUUGUCAUAGGCACAUGGUGGUCCAUAGAGAUUUGAAGCCUGAAAAUGUACUACUUGAUGCGCACAUGAAUGCCAAGAUUGCUGAUUUUGGUCUCUCAAAUAUGAUGUCAGAUGGAGAAUUUUUAAGAACAAGCUGUGGUUCUCCUAACUACGCUGCUCCAGAAGUAAUUUCAGGAAGGUUAUACGCAGGGCCAGAAGUAGAUAUCUGGAGCAGUGGUGUUAUUCUCUAUGCUUUAUUAUGUGGAACUCUUCCCUUUGAUGAUGAUCAUGUGCCAACACUUUUUAAGAAGAUAUGUGAUGGUAUCUUUUAUACGCCUCAGUACUUAAAUUCAGCAGUUAUUAGUCUCUUGAAACACAUGCUACAGGUGGAUCCUAUGAAGAGAGCAACGGUGAAAGAUAUAAGGGAACAUGAAUGGUUUAAACAAGACCUCCCCAAGUACCUCUUUCCUGAAGAUCCUUCUUACAGCUCAACUAUGAUUGAUGAUGAAGCCUUAAAAGAAGUCUGCGAUAAGUUUGAAUGUACAGAGGAGGAAGUGUUAAGCUGCUUAUAUAGUCGCAAUCACCAGGAUCCGUUAGCCGUUGCCUAUCACCUCAUUAUAGAUAAUAGAAGAAUAAUGAACGAAGCAAAAGACUUCUACUUAGCUACAAGCCCACCAGAUUCCUUUCUUGAGGAACAUUUUUCCCGACCCCACCCUGAAAGAGUGCCGUUUUUAGUUGCUGAAGUACCAAGGUCACGCCAUACACUCGAUGAGCUAAAUCCCCAAAAGUCCAAACAUCAGGGGGUCAGGAGAGCUAAAUGGCAUUUAGGAAUUCGGAGUCAGAGUCGGCCAAAUGAUAUAAUGGCGGAAGUUUGCCGGGCAAUCAAGCAGUUGGAUUAUGAAUGGAAGGUUGUCAAUCCAUACUACUUGCGUGUUCGGAGAAAGAAUCCAAUAACAGGCACAUAUUCCAAAAUGAGUCUGCAGUUAUACCAGGUGGAUAGCAGGACUUAUCUACUGGACUUCCGUAGCAUUGAUGAUGAAAUGAUGGAAGGAAAAUCGGGGACUACCACUCCCCAGAGGUCAGGCUCUGUGACUAAUUAUAGAUCUGGUCAGAAGGACUCGGACCCUGAUGUUCAAGCAAAACCAUCUGAUGCAUCUCUUACCUCUUCAGUGACCUCUUCACUUGACUCUUCUACAACCGAAAUAACCCCAAGAUCAGGGAGCCACACGAUAGAAUUUUUUGAAAUGUGUGCAAAUCUUAUUAAAAUACUUGCACAAUGAUUUAUAAGCUUGGCUUUUUUUUUACAGCAAUAAGCAUGCCGAAAAAGGAAAAAAAAAUCAUAGUCAAAUGCUUCCAGUUAUAAUCAAGUUACAGUUAACUUUGGCACUGAGAAGACUAGCCACAUUGCAAUUUGCACAGGAAUCGAACUUGCAUUUAGAAGCAGUCUAAACCUCAUACUGCAUCCUUCCCAAACCAGAUAUACUCCAGAUGUGUUUGCCAUUCUGUCUGCAGAUUAGGAAGGGCACAUCUGGAGGUUUCCAGGUCGGGGAAGGCUAUCUUUAAUGUACCGAAGCAAAUUAUGAUUAAAUAGUCUACUGGUAAAUGA